UUUAUGUGCGAACUGUUCAGUAAGGUCUGAGUAGUGUUAAUAUCAUGUGACUGGUCACUUGAGUAGUGUUAUCAAAUAGAAGGUGAUGAGGAAAAGUAGAUUUUAGAGUUAGGUCAUUCGAAGGCUCUUUCGCAUUCCGUGAAGAUGGCAGAGAAUGAUCAAACUGAUUCGGGUCCACGCCCCGAAGACCCAGAAAGACAAGAAGAUUGUGUGGCUGGGGAGGAAUGCUAUAGCUGUGUUACCUACAUGUACAUGUUUGAAACAGACAACAAACUGGGAAGCACCGCAAUUAGAAAUGCCCUGGCACAACUUCCCACAGACGAAAAUUGUGAGGCGGGCCGAAUCGCUAAUCUUGGCAAAACAUCUUGUAGCAGAGGCUGUGAGAAGGCUAAUGUGACGAUGCAUUUUUAUGUUCAGUAUUUGGACGACCACAAAGUUCCGAUAAGAACAGUGUCACGUGGUUGCGCAAAUGACGCCAGUGCCGGAAGUUCAGUUUUAAUCAGUGACAACGGCUGCCGCAAGCCGGCGGGUGAAGACGACCUGUCUGUAGGAGCGGGGGCAGUCUUCAAAAUUCUAGAGUCCUUUGGGGCGCCUCAGAUGUUUCGCCCGACUGGAGAGAUAUGCAAGUGUCGUGGAAACCUCUGCAACAGCUCAACGUCAUUGUUUGCCUGUGGAAUAUUACUGGCAAGCUGUCUUUUCUUGAUUGCAGCUGUAAAGAGCGUCCUUUAGUAACCGUGGCA